CUAUGAACCGACUGUUGUUACCACACAAAAUUUCAUCGAAUCAGAGACGCUUAUUACCGGCGUUUUCCUUAUUUGGCAAAACUGACGCAACAAAAAGGAUAUGCACAUGCGCAGUAACCUGGCCUCGAUACGCGAACAACUCUUCGAUCAUUUUCCUGUACGCGUUUUACAGCAAGCACGUUUUAGUCUGAGCUGAGGAUUCACACUGUAAAUAAUAAAAUAUGGGUGACAUUCCACAAGGAGAUGCUGUGAAGGGCAAGAAGCUGUUUGUACAGAGGUGUGAGCAGUGUCAUACUGUGAAUCAAGGUGGCAAACACAAGACCGGUCCAAACCUGCAUGGACUUUUUGGACGGAAGACUGGUCAAUCUAAGGGAUUCAGCUACACCGAUGCAAACAAGAAUAAAGGGAUCACCUGGGGUGAAGACACGUUAUGGAUCUACCUUGAGAAUCCCAAGAAAUAUAUCCCUGGUACAAAAAUGGUCUUUGCUGGCCUUAAGAAGAAGAAGGAAAGGGCAGAUCUUAUCGCUUAUCUGAAGGAAUCUACAUCGGCAUAAGAAUUUCUAAUGUGUAUUGAGCAAAUCCAUGGGUUGUCUUUUUUUACAUUGAUGGUGAUUCUACUAACAGAUCUGUAUCAUUCAUGAUCACAAAAUAAAAGGGAUUUUAUUUACUUCCAAGCUCCUCUCUACACAAAAAAAAAAUCUGUUGGUAAGAAUCUCCAUGAAGUUUAAUUAUGAAUUGACCUCAACUUAUUUAUAGGAGUAUUUCAGGGGAUCUGUUGAUCAGUAAACUGGUUUUCCAGUGCAUGUGUUAUGUUUGCUGUGUAAAGCUAGCAGUUUUAAAGAUUGUAUUUAUUAAAUGUUGUGUCCCUCAAAACAAUUGUAUUUAAAAGAAAUGCCAGACUUGUCAAGAAUCCAUUUUGAUGAUACACUAUUGUAAGAGGUUUCAAUUCUUACAAAACUUCCCCAAUUUUUUAUUCUACCUUUUUAUCUGGUGCUUCGUACCGGAACUUAAGAGGUUGUAUUUUGAGAGUGUAUUAAAUGUAAAUUUAAAAUAAAGUGCCAUGUACUGAA